UUAUUGCUGUUUGACUGCCUACGCGUACACAUAUUUCGCUGCACUGUUCGCUGUAGUACAUAUCGUUUUAAAAAAUUUUUUUUUUGAGUUAUAGUUUCAAGUGAUAGUUUAUGCUCAUAUUUCUGAUUUAGUUUUAUUAAAAUACAAUACGCGAAUUUCGUUACCAACAAUGUCAGCUGUAACAAAAGGUGUCUUCAUCGUCGGAGCCAAGCGCACCGCCUUUGGUACGUUCGGCGGAGCGUUCAAGAACACAAAUGCCACUCAAUUGCAGACUGUCGCAGCAAAGGCUGCCCUGACCGCUGCCGGUGUGAAACCAGAUCAGGUCGAUUCGGUCAACAUUGGUCAGGUGUUGGUGCUGUCGUCCUCGGAUGGUGCCUUUCUACCGCGCCACGUGUCUCUGCACUGUGGUAUUCCGAUUGAGAAACCUGCUCUGGGAGUGAAUCGUCUGUGUGGAUCGGGCUUCCAGUCGAUCGUAAACGGUGCCCAAGAUAUUGUAUUGGGUGCUGCCAAAAUAUCACUCACCGGUGGGGUAGAUAAUAUGAGCCAAACUCCGUACACUGUGAGAGGGACUCGGUUUGGAAUUCCACUAGGUACAAAUCCUGCGUUGGAGGAUGCUUUGUGGGUCGGAUUGAGCGAUUCUUUCUGCAAAUUGCCAAUGGCACUGACGGCAGAAAACCUAGCUGAAAAAUUCAAAAUUCCCCGUGAAAAGGUUGACGAGUUUGCUUUACGCUCACAACAGUUGUGGAAGAAAGCCAACGACGAAGGAGUAUUCAAGACCGAAAUAACUCCUACCAAACUGAAAGUGAAGGGCAAGGAAGUGGACUUCGCUGUUGAUGAACAUCCUCGACCUCAGACAACUCUGGAAGGACUGAACAAGCUUCAAGCACUAUUCAAAAAGGGAGGCGCCGUUACUGCUGGAACGGCUUCGGGAAUCUGUGACGGCGCGGCUGCUGUCGUUCUCGCAUCAGAGGAAGCAAUCAAACAGCACAAUCUCACUCCGUUAGCACGAUUGGUAGCAUACAGUACGGUUGGAGUACCUCCAGAAAUUAUGGGAAUCGGACCCGUGCCAGCUAUCCAAAACGUAUUGAAAGUAGCUGGACUAAAAAUUGAUGAUAUCGACCUGUUCGAAAUUAACGAGGCUUUCGGUGCCCAAGCGAUGGCAUGCGUACAGGAGCUCGGAAUCGAUAUGAACAAGUUUAACCUAAACGGUGGCGCUAUAGCUCUUGGUCAUCCGCUGGGGGCGUCUGGUUCACGUAUUACAGGGCACCUAGUCCAUGAGCUGAAGCGUAAAGGCCUGAAGCGAGCAGUUGGAUCGGCCUGCAUUGGUGGUGGACAGGGAAUUGCUUUGUUGGUUGAGUCCGUUUAGUUUGAUAUAUGUUUUUUAAAAUGUUUUAUAUGCUAAGAUGAAAUGUGCAUUUCGUAACCUGUUGACCGUCGGUAACUCAAUCAUUUUAUAGAGUAAAUAAAAAGAUUAUUUAAAUAUA